GCCAUGGCUAACAAGUGGCUGCUAUGGCUGACCCUGUCUGCCAUCACAGCUGCUUUGCAAAGCGAGGCAAAGUCUGCUGUGAACAUGUUCUCCUCCAUGUCCCAGAUUCCUGAAAAAAUAACAGUAGGUGUGAGUCCCAUCCACAAUGGUCAAGUUUGCAGUACAUGGGGUAACUUCCACUUCAAGACGUUUGAUGGGGAUAUCUUCCAAUUGCACUCCACCUGCAACUACAUCCUGACCUCUUCGUGCAGGGGCAGUUACAAGGAAUUCAACAUCCAGAUAAGAAGAUCGGAGGCUGCCGGCAAACCCACCAUCAAAAACAUCAUUAUGAAGCUGGAGGGUUUAGCGGUCGAGCUCUCCAAUGGCUCAGUGGUCAUUAAUGGAAUAUUAGUAGAUUUACCGGUCAGUCGAAAAGGAUUGUUCAUCGAGAAAACUCCCACCUACAUCAAAAUCAAAGCUAACCUGGGAUUGGUUGCUGUCUGGAAUGAGGAGGACUCUUUUAUGGUGGAGCUAGACCUGAAGUACAAGAACCAAACCUGUGGUCUUUGUGGAGACUUUAAUGGGGUCCAGCUCUACAACGAGUUCUACAGUCAUGGUGUGAAAAUUUCCCCCCUGGAUUUUGCCAACUUCUGGAAAAUGGAUGGUCCAACUGAAUUGUGUUCUGACUACACAUUGGAAUCAACACAAAACUGCAAUGACAUGAAACCUCUGUGUGAGCAGAUCCUUACAGGGCCGGCCUUCAACAGCUGUCACAGUCUGCUGGACGUUGCCGUCUUCACUUCCGCCUGUGUUGCGGACCUCUGCCAUUGUGGCAAUGGCAUAGGGGAACAUGCAGACCCCUUCUGCCUGUGCGACACCGUGUCUGAGUUUUCCAGACAGUGUGUCCAUGCUGGUGGUAAGCCCCACAACUGGAGAACCAAAGCGCUCUGCUGGAAGCCAUGUCCCUACAAAAUGGAGUACAAAGAGUGUGGAAGCUCCUGUGCUGAUACCUGCUCCAACCCAGCGGCCAGCCACACCUGUGACAGCCACUGUAUCGACGGAUGCUUCUGCCCUGCAGGCACAGUGCUGGAUGAUUUAAAUGGAAAGGGUUGUGUUCCACUGAGCGAAUGCUCCUGCAGCUACAACAAUAAGAUCUAUGGAGAUGGAGAGUCUUACUACAGUAACUGCAAAAAAUGCGUGUGUGAGGGUGGUCGGUGGAUGUGUACAGAGGAGAACUGUCCAGGAACCUGCUCUGUGGAGGGAGGAGCUCACGUCAACACCUUCGAUGGAAAAAUGUACACCUUUCAUGGCGACUGCUCCUACAUUCUGGCUAAGGACUGCAGUGGAGCCCAGUUUGUGGUACAGGGAGAACUAGAGCAGUGUGGACUGACUGAGAGUGAAACCUGCCUCAAGUCUGUUACCUUAGGUUUGUCCGGAGGAGCUAAUGUGAUCACCAUCCAGGCCAGUGGCAAGGUUUUUGUGAAUGGCAUCGUUGCUGAGAUGCCCUUUUAUUCUGUAGCGGGGAUCUCGGCCCUCAGAGCAUCUUCUUUCUACCUGCUGGCCCAGACAUCUGUCGGGGUUCUGCUGGAGGUGCAGCUCCAGCCAGUCAUGCAGCUCUACAUCACAGUGACCAGCGACUACCAGGCCAAGACCUGUGGUCUGUGUGGGAACUUCAACGGAAACCAAGCCGAUGACUUUCUCAAGCUUAGUGGUGUUCCUGAUGCCACAGCACCUGGUUUUGUCAACAGCUGGAAGACACAUGCUGGUUGCACGGAUGUUAAGAGCAACUUUGAGAACCCCUGCAGUCUCAGUCUGGCUAAUGAGAAGUACGCCCUGCACUGGUGCUCCAUGCUGACUGACCCUCAGGGAGUGUUUGCCUCCUGUCACUCAGAAAUCAACCCUGACUCUUACAAAGAGAACUGCAUGUAUGACAGCUGUAACUGUGAGAAAAGUGAGGCCUGCAUGUGUGCUGCAGUCUCCUCUUAUGUCCAUGCCUGUGCAGCUGCAGGAAUCCAGAUCAGCGGCUGGAGGAAGACCAUCUGUGGGAAAUAUGCCAACUCCUGCCCGAGGAACAUGAUCUACUCCUACAAUAUCACAUCCAGCAGUCGCUCCUGCCGCUGCCUUGGCACCGCAGAUCUCAGCUGUCACAUCUCCUUCCCGCCCGUCGACGGCUGUAUCUGUGCUGAGGGUACCUACCUGGAUGACUCUGGGAAAUGUGUCCCAUCUAAAGCUUGUCCCUGUUAUGACAAAGGCUCUGUGCUGCCCCCUGGACAGGUUGUCAGCAAGGAAGGGGUCGUGUGCACCUGUAGGGAGGGCAAACUCAGCUGCAUUGGAGAGUUUAUUUUACAGCCAGUGGCCUGUGCUCCUCCUAUGGUGUUCUUCAACUGCUCUGCUAAUGGUCUAGCUGCAAAAGGGACGGAGUGUGAGAAGAGCUGCAACACAUUAGACAUGGCCUGCGUGUCUACAGGCUGUAUCUCUGGCUGUAUGUGUCCAUCUGGGAUGGUAUCUGACGGUAAAGGAGGGUGCAUCAAGCCAGAGGCCUGUUCCUGUGUUCACAACGGCAUCUCCUACCAGCCUGGCGAGACCAUCAGGGUGGACUGCAACACCUGCGCUUGUAAAGACAGAAAAUGGAACUGUACUACCAAUCAGUGUGAUGGAACCUGCUCUGUCUACGGUGCUGGACACUACAUCACUUUUGAUCAGAAGCGCUUCACCUUUGAUGGCAGCUGUGAAUACAUUCUCAGUCAGGACUACUGUGGCAGUGCUGAGAGUAAUGGAACCUUCAGAGUGAUCACUGAGAAUAUUCCAUGUGGAACCACAGGAACCACCUGCUCCAAGACCAUCAGGAUCUUCCUGGGGAGUGCAGAACUGAUUCUAAGAGAGGGAAGCUACCAGCUGCUUUCAAGUGGAAAUGAAGAAACAGUUCCAUUCCGUUACAGUGCUGUGGGCAACUACCUGGUAAUUGAAGCCAACAAUGGACUCACUGUCAUAUGGGACAGGAAGACCAGCUUGUUCAUCCAGCUCAGCCCAAAAUAUAAGGGUCAUGUGUGCGGGCUGUGUGGCAGCUAUGACAACAAUGCAAAUAACGACUUCACUACACGGUGCCAUGCUGUGGUGGUAGGCCCACUGGCGUUUGGCAAUAGCUGGAAGGAUUUACCAAACUGCCCUGAUGCUCAGAGCAUUAGCAACCCCUGCACAGACAACCCAUACAGACAGUCGUGGGCCCAGAAACAGUGCAGCAUCAUACUGAGUGAUGUCUUCUCUGCCUGCCACUCCAGUGUGGAUCCUGCUCCAUACUAUGAAGCAUGUGUGUUUGACUCAUGUGCUUGUGACACCGGUGGAGACUGUGAGUGUUUCUGCACUGCUGUGGCCGCUUACGCUGAAUCCUGUAAUCGAGCUGGUGUCUGUAUACGAUGGAGAACCCCUCGAAUCUGCCGUAAGUAA